CCUUCCUUCCUUCCCUCCCUCCCCGCCAUGCCGGACCAGAUCUCCGUGUCGGAAUUCGUGUCCGAGACCAAUGAGGAUUACAAGUCGCCCACCGCCUCCAACUUCACCACCCGGAUGGUACAGUGUCGGAACACCGUGGCGGCCAUCGAGGAGGCCCUGGAUGUUGACCGAACUGUCCUUUAUAAGAUGAAGAAAUCUGUGAAAGCCAUAAAUGUUUCUGGUUUGGCUCAUGUGGAAAAUGAAGAGCAGUAUACUCAAGCUUUGGAGAAAUUUGGAGGCAACUGCGUCUGUAGGGAUGAUCCAGAUUUAGGAACAGCAUUUUUAAAAUUUGCUGUAUUUACAAAGGAAUUGACGGCGCUCUUCAAAAACUUGAUCCAGAACAUGAACAAUAUAAUUACGUUUCCACUGGACAGUUUGCUAAAGGGUGAUCUAAAAGGAGUAAAAGGGGAUUUGAAGAAGCCUUUUGAUAAAGCAUGGAAAGACUAUGAAACCAAAGUGACAAAAAUAGAAAAAGAGAAAAAAGAACACGCUAAAUUACAUGGAAUGAUUCGCACAGAAAUUAGUGGCGCUGAAAUAGCAGAAGAGAUGGAAAAAGAGCGAAGAUUCUUCCAGUUGCAGAUGUGCGAGUACCUGCUGAAAGUCAAUGAAAUCAAGAUUAAGAAAGGAGUUGACCUGCUUCAAAACCUGAUCAAGUAUUUCCACGCACAGUGCAACUUCUUUCAGGAUGGUCUGAAAGCAGUUGAAAGCCUCAAACCCUCAAUAGAAAAGCUUUCCACAGAUCUUCACACUAUAAAGCAAGUGCAGGAUGAAGAAAGAAAGCAAUUAAUUCAACUUAGGGAUAUUUUAAAAUCUGCACUCCAGGUUGAUCAGAAGGAGGAUUCUCAACUCCGUCAGAGUACAACUUACAGUUUACACCAACCUCAAGGAAAUAAGGAGCAUGGCACUGAAAGAGAUGGCAGCCUCUAUAAGAAAAGUGAUGGAAUCAGGAAAGUGUGGCAGAAGAGAAAGUGUACUGUUAAAAAUGGCUUCCUAACCAUUUCCCAUGGUACAGCAAACCGACCUCCUGCAAAGCUCAAUCUGUUAACUUGCCAAGUGAAAACAAAUCCAGAAGAGAAAAAAUGUUUUGACCUCAUAUCACAUGACAGAACAUAUCAUUUCCAAGCAGAGGAUGAACAGGACUGUCAAAUCUGGAUAUCUGUACUGCAGAAUAGUAAAGAAGAAGCUUUAAAUAAUGCCUUCAAAGGGGAUGAUACCACAGGGGAAAACAACAUUGUCCAAGAACUGACAAAAGAAAUAAUAUCUGAUGUGCAGAGAAUGCCUGGAAAUGACAUGUGUUGUGACUGUGGAGCACAAGAUCCAACCUGGCUCUCAACGAAUCUGGGCAUUCUGACUUGCAUUGAAUGUUCAGGAAUACACCGAGAACUUGGUGUCCACUAUUCCAGAAUGCAGUCGCUUACAUUGGAUGUGCUGGGUACAUCUGAAUUGCUGCUUGCCAAGAAUAUCGGGAAUGCAGGAUUUAAUGAGAUUAUGGAAUUUUGCCUGCCAGGAGAUGAACUAGUCAAACCCAAUCCAAGUAGUGAUAUGAACGCUAGAAAAGAUUAUAUUAAUGCCAAAUAUAUUGAAAGAAAAUAUGCAAGGAAAAAAUACGCUGACAAUGUGACUAAACUACAAAACCUUUGUGAAGCAGUCAGAGCAAGAGACGUUUUUGGACUAGUUCAAGUAUAUGCUGACGGUGUGGAUCUAACUGAGAAAAUUCCAUUAGCAAAUGGUCAUGAACAAGAUGAAACUGCCCUUCAUCUUGCGGUGAGAUCGGUGGAUCGGACUUCACUUCACAUAGUUGACUUCUUGGUACAGAACAGCGGCAACCUUGACAAGCAGACGUGUAAAGGCAGCACUGCUCUGCAUUACUGCUGUUUAACAGAUAACGUCGAGUGCCUCAAACUGCUCCUGAGAGGGAAGGCUUCAAUUGAAAUAGCAAAUGAAGUUGGAGAGACCCCACUUGAUAUAGCUAAACGUUUAAAGCAUACACGCUGUGAAGAGCUGCUUAUCCAGGCUCUGGCUGGAAGGCUUAAUUCUCAUGUUCAUGUAGAAUAUGAAUGGCGAUUACUUCAUGAAGACUUGGAUGAAAGUGAUGAUGAUGUGGAUGAAAAACUGCAGCAAGCCAGCCCCAGUCGAAGAGAGGACAGACCUGUAAGUUUCUAUCAGCUAGGAUCAAACCAACUUCAGCCUAAUGUCGCCUCUCUGGCAAGAGAUGCUGCCAAUGUAGCCAAGGACAAACAGAGAAGCUUUAUGCCAAGCCUAUUACAAAAUGAGACCUAUGGAGCUGUCCUCAGUAGCAGCCCACCUCCAGUCCAGCCUGCAGCACCUGUUACCAAUGCACCUCCCUUGCCUCCCAGAAAUAUUGGAAAAGUUCAGUCUUCAUUUCUUGGCAGUGCUGUUCAGACAACUUCUUCAUCGAACACACUGUGGAAGACAAAUUCUUUAGGAAUGGAAAGCAUAAGCAGGCAAAGGUCUUCAUCAGAUCCACCAACUGUCCAUCCCCCUGUUCCACCAUUGCGUGUAACAUCUACAAACAUCCUCUCUCCAGCACCUCUGGCUGCAAAGACAGCCUGUGUUCUUGAAGCUUUGAACCAGCAGUCAAAACAACCGACUGUACCACCGGCCAAACCUACGCCGCCGCCACUUCCUCCACAGCCUCCAAGUCGAAUAUCUCAGAAAAAGCCUCUUUCUGGGACCGACAAGGCAUCCAACUUUACUAACAAGAGUAAGGGGCCUGGAUCUCUGCAGCAGUCUUGUGCAGUUGAGUCUUCCUCUGCAUCUGAGACCGCUGGAUCUCAAACUGCCCCUUCUACCAACCUAUCAGUGCCAAUCCAACCUCCAGCACCAAUGCCAAGAAAGUCCCAAAUAUCAAAAACAAAGCCCAAGAGAGUAAAAGCAAUUUAUAACUGUGUAGCAGAUAAUCCAGAUGAGUUAACAUUUUCGGAAGGUGAUAUCAUCAUAGUUGACGGGGAAGAAGAUCAAGAGUGGUGGAUAGGGCAUAUUGAUGGAGAUCCUAACCGGAAAGGUGCUUUUCCUGUAUCAUUUGUGCACUUUAUUGUUGAUUAAACAGCUCCCUGCAAGUGGAGAGAGAUUCCCUUUCUAGAUUUCAUUGGGACUUCUUGUUCAUCAUCAGAUGCCUCACUGGGAUACUUCAUGAUAAUAUUGUUGACUCUUCAUUACUGCAGUUCUUAAAAUUAUUUUCCAUAGGACUUUUAUAACAACAGAGCCACUCAAAAAUUUUCAUGAUUGGUGAAAGCUGCAAAAACACAAGAUCCAAAAUCCGUGAAAAUGUGAAAGUCAUAUUAACAGAGCUACAAGAUUAAUGCCUUGACUGCACUAAUAUGUUGCAUUUUAGUGCUAAUGUUAGGCCAAUAAUGAGUAUUUAACUUUUGUGGCAAGUGUGGCUUUUGAGAUCAGUCUCAGGACAGUGUAAGUGAAUUGAAAAUUCAAACUUCAUUUUAAAGAAUGACAGUUUCUCUUGGUUCUACUUAGUACAUUAAAACAAUCUGAGAAAAGUAAGAACUUCCCAUCACUUACGGCGUGGUGGAGUUUCUUCUUAUCCUUGUCCACAGCCAUCUGCAAGGUUUAUUGACCAGGGAAGAGGGGGAGAAGUCUUUUGCAAAAGAUUUCUAAAUAGCAAUCUCAAUCAUAUUUGUUUUUUAAAUACAUGGAUGGAAAGGACUGAAAGUGAUAGAAAUCCAGCCUUAUUUAAUGUCCUAAUAAUAAUCAAAGCACAUUUGAGGAAAUCGUAAAAGUACAUUCACAUAGCAUACAUUUCUGUUAAAAAAAAAAAAAAAAGCAAAUCCAGAAACCUCAAAUAAGAUGGAUAAGAAUUAGGUGUUGCAAGAAAAUCCAUCUUCUACUGACGUCUGUUGAAAAAGGGUUAUUGAUGUACAGGGACAGAAUAUCAGUACACCGAAUUGGUGAUGAAUCUGUACUUGAAAAUGACUCUGUGUUAGGCAGCAGCAUUGGCAGGCUUGAAAAUUUGAGUCUAAUGAAAGGUCAAAAGUUGGGGAUCUAAUAACUUAGUCCAAUUUGCCCAUUGGUUCAAUAGCCUAUGUUUUCUUAUGAUUGUUUGUACUGGCACAAAUGGAGGUCUGAGUACCUUUACCUUGUUAAUAGGGUUUAAUAUUUUAUACCUUUGUAAUACAAAGGAAGAAAUUAGGAAUAUUUAUCACUUUAUGGGGAAAAGAAGGCCAACCUGCCAACCUCCCCUUGAAGUCAGAGGAAAAGCUUUAAGAUAAAGCAGUCUGAGGAAAAAAAUGCACAUGGCCAUUGUAUGUAUCUCAGUGGAAGGUUGUCUCCAAAAGCUCUUCCCCAGACUCUGGUAGAGUAGAUUAAACAGAAGUUGAAUCUCCUGGGAAUGGACCAGGAUACUUUUCUCUUUCCCCCAAAGAAAUGUAGUUAAGGACAAAAGCAAAGCUUUUGGUUUUCUAACCUCAACCUCCCUACUGUAGAGAAAUGGACCUUGCGGUAUAUAUUCAGAGAAAGCAUUUUUCUUUUUCUAACUGGCUUUUUUUCUUUAGGAAAAGGAAAAUUAUGCUAUACUUUCUGUGAUUUGUGUGCAUAAAGCUACCCAGAGAAUGUAAUUUUUCAUAAUGUUGGAAUGCUGGGAAAUUACAGCUUCCUCGGAGCAGCAUACACAAGUAAUAUGCAUAAAUAUUCAUGAAGUUAGAAAGGUCCUCAGUUGCAUUGAAGAAAUAUUUUAGUAAUUCGACGUGUAGAUAUUUUAAAACUUGAAAUCUGAUUACCUCAUUUUAUAAAUAUGAGGUCAUAGUUUUCUAUACUAAAUAUGCAGUUAAUAAAUAUUUUAUGCCAUACACUAAUUACCCUUGAGGUAAGGGGGAAAGAAACUCAUGACAAUACUGCUGAUAAAUUUAAAUGGGAAAUAGUUUAUGAAAUAUUACUUGCAGUCCUUUUCUUUGAAAACAAGUGGUAAAGCACGUAGUGGUAUGUUCAUACAGAGAUUGCUACAGUCAACAGUGGAGUAGUCACUGAUCCAAACGGUCCUGUGUUAAGGUAUACACUGCUGUCCCGCAAGCAUUUCAGUCUGUUUGUGGACUCGCAUUGUGUACUGAAAUAUAUUCUAGAACAUGGUAGUUAACACUGUUAAUAAUUGUGAAUAGAUUUCAUAAUUCAAAAUUAAUAGACUCUUACAGAACAUAGCUAUGUCCUUUUAAUGUUUGUAUAUUGUGAUAUUGUAACAGUUUUUAUUUUGCAUAUGCUACCAAAAAUGUGCACCGGUAGCAUAGAAUUAGAAUAUCAAUGUCCAGGUCACAUUGGCUUUGAUCACAAGUUUUGUGACUAUUGUAUCUCUAGAUUUAUCAAGAGAACUUUGAAUUUCUGACACAGAAAUUUUGUAUAUAUUGGCUAGCAUAAGUGGAAACAGAUGGGGGAAGGACCCUUUGGUAUAUUUAUAUUGGGGGGAAAUGCUGGAUCUCAAUAUUUCUGUUGCCUUGCUGAAGUGGUACAUUUGAGGCAAUUUGCCAGAUGUAUCGAUGCAAAUCAGUUGGCUGAUAUUAAGAACAAUAUGAGUGGUUGCAGUGUGAUGGAGGGGCAAACUGGAAUAUUUUCAAGCUAGUUUUGUUGUAUGUUUUAAAGCUAAGUCUGCAUAUUCAAAGUUCCCAUUGAAUAUAUAUGUAUAUUAGAAGAAUAGUUUGCCACUACACAUUUAUUCAGAUGCUGAUUAAUCCAGUUGGGUUUUGACUCUUUAUGUUUAUAUGCCUGGCAAACUAUAGGAAAUAACUUCACACAUUAUUUUGCACAUUACAUACAGUGUUUUAACACAGAAUCUUUCAACAGCUAUGUGCAAAGUAGCCUUUUGAAGCUUCUUUAGCCUCAGAUUUCACAUUGGGUAGGAUCCAAUGAACUAUACUACAUAUGUUCACUAGAAGAUGCUUGGACUAAAAUGGUUUUCCAAUGCCAAAACGUCUUCUGAAACCAAGGAGACCAUCAAAUAUAGAAUGUAUAAUAUAUGUAGCUCUUUCACUAAUUUCAAAUUAAUGAAAAAAAUAAAUUUCAUUAAUUUGCCUAAAGAUGUGAUUUACCUGAAGAAUGUGGUUGGAGCUCAAUUUGGAAGCUUGCAAAGCACUUGAUUACAGGUAGUCCUUGACUUACGACCGUUGGUUCAGCAACCAUUCAAAGUUACGACGGUGCUGAACGAAGGGACUUACAACCAGUCCCUAAAGUUACGGCCAUUGCAGCACCCCUAAAGUCACAUGAUUAAAAUUAUGACAGCAGGGAUGCUUCAACUUCCCCCACCCACUUAUCUCCCACCCAUCUCUGCCCUUUUGGCCCCCUGCACUCCACAGCCCCUCCCGCCCUAGCUGACCUUCACCGUCCUGCUUCUGCUGCUGGCCAAGCAUGCCUGGCCUGGCCCUUUGAGAGGCAGCUGCUGGCCACACAAGGCUUUCUUCCCAAGAUUGCACACAGCAGUUUCCUCAUGUGACCUGGGGAAGAUGGCCUCAGAUGGCCAGCAGCUGCCUCACGAAGGGUCAGGCCAGGCACAUCUCAUCAGCAGGAGCAAGAAGAUGGUGAAGGUCAGGUGGGGCAUCAGAGCGCAGGGUGGCAAGGUCCUUGGAGUGCAGGGUGGCAAGGACCACUGCAGCUGGAACUGGGCUGGGGCUUCCUGGGGCGCAGCAGCUUUGCACCAUCCUGCUGGGCUGUGGUGGGGCUGGGCUUUGUGCAGCACAAAAGGACUUCCUGGCACACCACAGCUCUGGGGCUUUUUGCGGCACACCAGGAAGGCCCUUUGCGCCAUGCAAAGCCCAGCCCCAGCCUAGCCCAGAAGUGCAGUGCAAAGAGGCUUCCUGGCACACCGCAGCUCUGGAGCUGCAAAUACCUUGCAGCCCCAGGGCCAUGGCACACCAAGAAGCCCCUGAGUCACAGCAUAUUGUUUCCCCAGCCUUCCUCAGCUUGCAUGGCACUGCAACACCCCCUCCCCCAACUCAUGCAGGGCCCACACCAGCCCUCCCAGGCCUCCCUCACCCCCCUGCGGCAUCCCCAUGCUCCUUACCUAGGAUUCCUGCCUCUUCCAACUUAAUGACCCAUGCACCUUGGGGUUACAGCAGCAACAGGAACUGCAGGGAUUGCCAUUGCUAAGUGAUGCGGUCACGUGACGUGCUUUAUGACCACAUCAUUUAGCGAUGGAAAUUCCGGUCCCAAUUGUGGUUGUAAGUCAAGGACCACCUGUAUGGCUACUAGACAAUCUUAAAUAAGAGCAUUCUCUCACACUACAUUAGUAUGAUGGCAAUAGGCUUGUAAGAAACAUUCCUGUUUUAAAAUACUGUUUCUGUGACAUAUGACAUUAACUCAUAACUGAUCAGAUAAUCUGGAUUUUAAAAAAAAUAUGCUGAACUCUGUAAGGUCAUUCAGACUUCAUGACUGACAACAGAGGUGGCAAUAUUCAACAAACUUAUGUACCAAGCACAUAAGAUUACUGUGUUAACCAUUUUUUUAAAGGAGCAUAAGACACUUAAAAUGCAGUUCAGAAUGCUACUUGAGAUGUAUAAUUUUUAAUGUGAUGGUUUUGACUGUUUAGUUGCAGAGCAACUGUAUACAUUGUAUAACCUAAAACCAUUUCUUAUUUUUAGUGUCUGGAGGCAGUGAUUUAUAAUUGGAGCAUGAUUAAUUUUACUUCUGUUAAAUCAGUCAUUAGACUGAAAAAAAUAAACUACUUUAAGCCUCA